AUGGCCAGCCGAAGACGGACUGCUGAAGAGCCGGCGCAGGAUGGUGGCCAGGCGGCGAUCAGUCUGACCAACAGGUUCAAGCGCAGACAGCGGGUGAUCACCUUCCUCUUCGCCUGUGCGCCCCAACUCAGCUCGCUCCUCGUUCUGGCGGGAUAUAUCGCUGGCCUCAUCCUGCCCACCGAUCUUUUGGCCCGCUCGACCUAUCUGUCAGAAAACGCCAUCCUGCCCGGUCAAGUUAAUACCUAUUGGAACUGGGAUCAGGUUCAUAAGGCUGAUCGAUACGCAGACCUGGUCGACCAAUGGCGUGAUUUACCAUCUGAACAGCGUGCUGCUCAGAUUGACCAUCUCUUCCGAAGCUUUGGAUUACGUUCUGAGGCUCAGUCCUACACCUUCUCCUUCCUCGGCUCUAACCCGCAUUCAAUCAGCAACGGCACCAAUGUCCAUGCGAUCUUACACGCUCCUCGUACCGAUGGCUCAGAGGCACUCGUCCUCAUGGCUUCCUGGCUAACCCGACGACCUGGCUCAGAUAUCCGCGGUGGUGACAUCAAUGUACGAGGCGUAGCCAGCGUUUUGGCCCUAGCAGAAUAUCUUAUCAGCUUCAACCUAUGGAGCAAAGAUAUCAUUUUCUUGAUAGCCGAUGAAUACUUAGAAGGGACUCAUGCCUGGUUAAAGGCCUAUCACGGCCUCUCCCAACCGAACUUGAAAAUGAAACCUCUCGGCUUGAGAACCGGUUCGAUCUGGGCGGCGCUCAAUAUUGACUUCCCAUUCCAUUCAUUUAGUCACAUUGCCAUCGAUUAUGAGGGUAUUAAUGGUCAAUUGCCCAACUUGGACCUGAUCAAUACGGUUGCCCAUAUCGUCCGGUGGACUGGGUCGUCUCCCGUCACGAUCCAUGACGAACCACUGGAGCCAAGCUAUCCAAGCUACGUUCCCGAUCAUCCCGAGGUCCUGAAAUACCUCCAGGCAGGGCAGACGAUCAUCAAGCAGAUGUCACACGGCAUCGUGGGCUCGCCUUCUGGUCCUGAAGGCCUCUUCAGCACUUAUCGGAUCGACGCCAUAGCCCUGUUUGCCCACCCCGCCGAUGGCCCCCAUGGGUUCCAUACGUUGGGAAAUAUCGUCGAGUCCAGCUUACGCAGUCUCAAUAAUCUCCUCGAACGUCUCCACCAGAGCUUCUUCCUUUAUCUCUUACAAUCCGAGGCUAGGUUCCUGAGCGUAGCAAUGUAUCUCAUCGUACCCCUCCUAAUUGGUGUCGGCCUGACCAUCAGAGGCCUUGCUAAAUGGGGCACUUCGCUCCAAGAGUCGGAUUCACCAUCCUCAGCUGAAAAGCGUCAAAAUCCGAACUCGAAAACAAUAGAGAAACAUACAAUUACAGGUAAAUCAAGGAACGAAAAAGGCGCAGAAAUCUUGUGGAGCUUGCGGGUCAUUGGUACCAUCCAUCUCGUCGGUGCGAUGGUUUACUGGGGUCUGAUCAAGUCCAUUGAGCCGACCCAUCCCAAAGAGUCUAUCCAGCUAUACGCUUCCAUCCUUAUCUUCGCCACCCUGCCUCUGGCGAUCAUCAAGCUCCUCCCACCCCCGAGGAUCAGUUCGGUUGCAAUCUUCGAGCCAAUCCAGCUGAUGCUCUCAGGCUGCUGUAUCUCGGUUGUCUCUGUCUUAAACUUUCCCCUAGGCACUGCCAUCGGCUGUGUUCUCAGCAUUCACCCCAUCGGCCUCCUGCUCAUCCUAAUCACCCUCGCCACCCUCGGGAAAUUUGAUAUCUCCAACCUCUCACAUCUCCUCAGGAACGAUCAGCAGCAAUUGAUUAGAUAA